GGGACUGGCUCGGUAUUUUCGUUAAUGUUGGUAAACAGUUCGGAUAUAUAGAUAGAGAAAAAACGUUCAUAUUGCACGAUAGUCCCAGAAAGUGGUCGCAGUUAACGUUGGAAGAUUUAUAUUUACAAGAUGUCGGUAAAUUCGUGCUUAUUUCCUGCGCAGUCUCUUAUUCUGUUUAUUAUGGAAUGGGAGGAUUUCUACAUUGGUACUACUACGUUCGGCAGAGGGACCGAGCAGAGGAAUGGAAAUGCCAGCCCAAAAAGUGGAUAACUCCGGAGUUGGAGAGGCACGAAAUCAUUCUAGGAUCGAUGACUUUGUUUGUGAAUUCGACCAUUGGAGGCGUCUUGGCUUGUUACGUGGCUAAUGGUGGUUAUAGCUGCAUUUACUAUAACAUAUCAGAUUAUGGAUGGAUUUGGUUUUUUCUGCAAAUUCCAGUUGUAUACAUUUACAUGGACUAUACAACCUACUGGAUACAUCGUAUUUAUCACUGGCCGUUCCUCUACAAGCACUUUCACAAAUUACACCACAAAUACAAGCAACCUACUGCAUUUUCUGUCACAGCAAUACAUCCCGUAGAAUCAACAAAUGUUCAACUGUUAGUGAUAACACCGGUAUUCUUAUUUCCGGUUCACUGGGGACCAUUUUAUGCAAUUGUUGCUUACGUCUACUACCAUGGCAUAAUAGAUCACUCAGGGAUAGCUUUUAAGGCACAAUGGUGGCAACCAUGGCAACCGGAUGCAAUUUUUCAUGACAAUCAUCAUCAGUACUUCCAUGUUAAUUUUGGAUUCAACAUGGAAAUUUGGGAUCGCAUCCACGGAACCUACAGAAAAAAGGACCGUGUAUAUACUGAAGACAUAUUUUACGGACAAGGAAAAUCCCUCAGUGAAAUCAGCAAAUCUGAACUGGAAGCAGACAUGGAGGAAAGAAAAUCUGAGAAUCCUCUUGCUUAUCGUAAUAACAAAAACGAAAAUCAACUGACUAAGAAUGAAAUUCAAAAACUAAAGAAGAACAAAUCACGAUCAUGAUAGCUGGAAGGGAGUGCAGCAAUUUAACGGUGUUUCAAAAGUUGAUUCAACGAAAAUGGAAUGAAAUCCAUAUUAAAAUUUUUAUAAACUA